CGAUCUUGGCGAUUUCACCGGAUAUCCGGCGACUCCAUAAGUUGUCUCUACCCAAGGGAAUAGAGAUUGUCGCAGCGUUUCUUUCUUUUCUGAACAGGCGCAGUCCAAGAGAACUCGCAAAAGGAGUAAAAGGCUCCUACAUAACCUGUCACUACCAAUAUAUUGUAUGAGUCAGAAGGUAGAAAAACCAGUAUUAUCGGGUCAACGGAUAAAGACCAGAAAAAGAGAUGAGAAAGAGAAGUACGACCCCAACGGGUUCCGCGACGCGCUCGUGCAAGGCCUCGAGCGCGCCGGCGGCGACCUCGACGCGGCGUACAAGUUCCUAGACGCGGCCGGCUCCAAGCUAGACUACCGCCGCUAUGGGGAGGUCAUCUUCGACGUCCUCAUUGCCGGCGGCCUGCUUCUGCCCGGCGGCUCGGUGUCUAUGGACGGCGAGUCGCCCAAAACCAACACCUGCAUCUUCGCCGCCAAUGAAGAUAUGGAGACAAUGCGUAACUUUGAACAGGUGUUUGUGAAGCUGAUGAGGCGUUACAAAUAUCUAGAGAAGAUGUUUGAGGAGGAAAUGAAAAAGGUCCUAGUUUACCUGAAGGGUUUCGAGCCUCAACAACGCAUCAAGCUGGCCCGCAUGACUGCCCUAUGGAUUGGUAACGGCUGCGUUCCGCCUUCGGUCCUGUUGGUGCUGGUAAACGAGCAUCUGCUGAAGGAUAACCUGGCCCUGGACUUUGUUCUGGAAGUAUUCGCUACCGUCAAGCAGGAGAGGGGGGUGGCUUCGUUGGUCACCGCUUUGAAGAAGGGCCAGCUUGAAGGAAGACUGCUGGAGUUCCUGCCGCUGAACCGGCGCAGCGAGGAGGUGCUGGCGGCGUCGUUCGCGUCGCGCGGGCUCGCCGAGCUGCUCAAGCUGCACCGCGCGCAGGCCAGCCAGGAGGCGCGGCGCGAGCUGACGCAGGCGCUGCUGGACGAGCUGGCGGACGACAAGCCGGUGCGCGACCUCAUCCAGGAGCUGCGCGACAUGGCCGCCAAGCACGCCAUCCCCGACCACGAGGUCGUGCCCAUCAUCUGGCAGUGCGUGAUGUCCCGCGGCGAGUGGAAUAAAAAGGAGGAGUUGUUGGCGGAGCAGGCGGCCAAACAUCUGCGCCAUUACACGCCAUUGUUGGCGGCGUUCGCUCAGAGCGCCAAAGCUGAGAUCGCUCUGCUCUCUAAGGUGCAAGAAUACUGCUACGAGAAUAUGAGUUUCAUGCGCGCGUUCAGCAAGUUGGUGCUGAUGCUGUACAAGACAAACGUGCUGUCCGAGGAGGUGAUCCUCAAGUGGUACCGCGAGCCCAACUCCAGCAAGGGCAAGGUCAUGUUCCUCGACCAGAUGAAGAAGUUUGUGGAGUGGCUGCAGAGCGCCGAGGAAGAGUCUGAGAGCGGCGAAGAAGAGGAUUAGUGUAAGAGCAGCGAGUGAGACUGACAACACAUUGCGUCGUCCGCAACACACAUACACACACACAUGCAUAAUGUACCCCCACACACAUACACACAGUAAAGACUUGCCAGCCAACUAAAAUAUGUCGCCUUAUCGUUGAUGAAUAUCGUCGAUAAUUCCUUUGAAGCUAUGAUGGAUCGUUUGAUUUUAAAUUUGACUAAUUCGAUUAGUAAUCACGAGUCGCUAUCAUAUCGAUGGAAUUACUAAUUAGUUUUGAAAUCGGUCACGAGAUGGCGUUGCGUUUGCUAUAACUGUAACAUUUGUAAUGGCAUCGUUUGAGCGUAUGAACGGUGCAAAAAUUUGCUUGAUUGACACAGGUGCUGACUAUGUGAAGUUCUUGAACCUUUUUUUUUAUGUAUGAAUGUGUUAUUAAAUAGAAUGUAAAUUUGAAAUGACGUCUACUUUGACAGCUGUGCGAAAGUGGCGCCAACUGGUGACGUUUACGUAUGUAUUUGUAGUUUAUAAGCACUAAUAUCAUAAUCAUUGUUAUUUUUUUUCAUUUAUUCAUUCAUUCAUUUAUAUAUCUGACAUGACAAGAUGUGUAAAUUUAUAACAUUUUAAUAUCACAUUUCUGUUCUGUUUGCUCUUAUUCUUUUCGACGUCUUGACUAGUUGAAAGUUCAAUAUUUAUCUUUUUUCUUUAACUUGAUCGAAGGAAGUGCUUUCAUAUUUACAAAUCUUGUUCAUAUUGGAUUGUAAACAAAUUCAUAUUUAGUGAAUGUAUACAAUAAAUAAUUCCAUUUCACGUUUUGAUUUAUCAUUUAUAUUUAAUGAAAGUUUAACUAGAUCUGUACGAACAAAAUAUUGUAUGAAAAUAUAUAAGUUUGGGGCUAAAUGUAAACUGCCUGUUUGCGAUGCGGCUUAGAUGUUUAUUCCAUUGACUAGUGCUGGCAAGUCCGCAGUUCGAAUCCGGAGGACGGCGCUCACCCCCGACCCGCUCACGAAGUGUACUUUAACAAUAAUAAAAUAAUAACUGGCACAGAGUUGUGCGGGCGUUUUUACAACUGUAUAUUGUUCAUUUCUAAAGUAAAAUGUUGAGGAAAUAUGAUAUUUUUUAUUCAAUUUUUUUAGGAAAAUUCCAAUAAAUGGUGGUAACACGC